GCACUGUUAUGAUGUUACGAGCGUCAGCGUGCAAGAGGCGUGAGAGAACCCCGUUAUAUAAAAACAUGGUGUGAAUUACGUCAAAACACAUAAAAUGGAGUUGAAAUGGACUGAUGGUCCUGUCACUGGACCUGUUGUGUUCUCUAGAGAUGUAUUUGACAAGUUCACUUUAGCUCCCACCAUUAAAGAGCUGUAUGCUUUGGUGCAAAGCCAUGAUCCAGAUGGAUCCUCCUCAGAAUCGAAAUCUGCAAAGUGUGUGAGAGAAGAUUCCCAGAACGGCUCCAGUACCAGCCAUGCCUCGGUUGAGCCGCCUGACAGCAGACAAACUCAGAAUAAUGUUGAACCCAACCGUGUGAGGAUUGUGAAAAAACCUUUCCCUGAACCCUUGGUGCCCUACACAAGCUUCACAGCCCUCAACGUAAAAGAACGCAAUUCACAUCUCUCCCGCUUAAAAAACAAGAACUAUCGCAGAGCUCCAAAGCAUAUGCCGGAGCGUAUCAGCAAUGAGAUCACAGAGUUUAUGAAGUACCUGCAGAAUGUUUCAAGGGCAUGUGCUGAUGGCUACAACUAUGUGCCACCGGGGGGCAAUCGCUACAUUGAGGAGUACUUUACAGUCUGCCUGGAACAUAUUAAGAGCUACCCACAGUUAUACAGCAUCCAGGAAAUAACCGGCCUGACCACUGCAAAGUUUGUGUGUGAAUUAUCGCUCAAUUUCGAGAAACAGCUCCUUGCAUUGGGCAAAAUAGAUAUGGUUGAUCAAAAAAUUCUCCCUGAAAACUCUCAACUUGCCGGUGACUAUGAGACGGUCUCAUCUGUGACUCCUCCAGCUAAGAAAGCAAGCUCUCUGCACACUCCCAUCAGCAGUGACAAUAAUGCAGAAAAACUCAGCGCUACAUACGAGCCACAUGUGUGUCUUUCUAAAGAGGCCUUCCUUCAGCUACUCAGCAAUGACCCUGAGUUCAACGAGGCAUGGGAACUGCCCUUUUGGAUCAAAACGAACGCUACAAGAGGCAGUGGUCAGAGUAAAACCGCAUACAUCGAUCCUCCAUUGUUGAAGACCGAGAUGAGCUGGAGAGAGAGAAAUCUGAUGUUUCACGAGGAGAGCGUGAAGGUAGCGCUCAAGAAUACCGUUUCCCGUCAAAAUCCCGUAUUUUUACUCGCCUCUGAAGAUCUCUCCCUAGAAACCGACCGCCCACCUGAGGAGACAAUCUCCAGAAGUGUGGUGGCAUUUGAUGAUGCUGGCAUGGACUUUGAAGCAGAUUUAACAGACCUGGAAUCAUUCGGGGGGUCCUGCAAGACCAAUGUAAAAGUGAAGGCACAGAAAGAAGCAAAAACAGCUGCAGGUCCCUCUAACGUCAUCUCAAGCCCUAAGAAACCAACUGAUGCUCUAGAUAUAACUAAAGACAACCCCAAAAGUACACCAUCUGAGAUCCAGGAAGAAGCUGAUGGGGAAGGUUGCGCCCUGGAUUUAAGUGUGGCUUCUGAGGAGGAACAUUUGAGGGGAGGUUCAAAAGAGAAGAUUGAUAAGCUGUCUCACGUUCAAGGUCCUCCCACCAAGCGGUCUAGACGGAUGAUGAACCAGGAAUCAGAUUCAGAUGAUGAAAGGCUGGUUAUAGAUCAAAUUGCUUCCCCGCAAAGACCCCAAACCUCGACUCAACUCAACCUGGCCACAUCGACCCCAGCAAACCCUUUAGGUAAAGGAAUGAGGAAGUGUCCUAAAAGGCAAAGAAUUUCCGGGGAGUGCGAUCAGCUCGGGCAGAUUUUGAAGAUGCAGGAUGCCAUGAUGAAACCAACUCCCAGUAAGAUCCAAGAACCUCAGAAAGCGGCGGUGUUAGAAGAUAAACCUCCAGAACAUAAAAUGUACUCUAUGGUCAAACCGUGUGUCACCUCGUACCUGGAGUCCAGAGAGGGUCAGGGCGAGGACCCCACAUUGUCUACUGUAGUUCCUGUCCACGCAACCAGAAAACGGCUUUUGAAGGAAGAUCUUCAGAUCAGGGCGGAGGAUGAGGUUGACUUUGAUCCUCCAGCAGAGGGCAGCGUUCUGUACAAACUCUACAGCCUGCAUGACAUUCUGCUCAUGGUGCGCAGCAGUGUGCUGAUCGCUCACCCAAGACAUGACAGAGAGACAUUCAGGGCUGUCCCUUUGCACGUUUUACCCAAACUGGAGUAUCAGCUAUGCUACGGAGCAGAGAGUCUGACCCAUUCUGAGGUCUGUCAACUGUGGGCCGAGAAACUUCUGCACUCCAGCGCAGUGUCUUUUAUAAGUCGUAUUAAUGCCCACACAUCAGAAGUGGCCGAGAUACAGGAGCUGGAGGCUGACUGGAUUCAGAACAUCACCUGUAACUUCAACCCAGCUCGGUGUUUAAACAUCCUCUAUCACUUACUUAAGAAAGUCUCAACACUACAGGAAGGACGAUACCUGCUGGUUCACAAACCUCGGGAGGGCUUCGUAACCAUCUUCAAAGCAACCGACGGUAACAAGGCCGCUCGCGGUGUGUACAACCUGCAGGCCGUGCACUGCGGACCCCCUGCUGUGGCGUCAGUGCUGCCUUGGGUCCCCCUGGACCCCUGGCACAUUCUGCCAUUUCACCAGCAACACAACAGACCGCCCUGCACCUUCCCCCCACGACCGCCUCUUCAGUCAAAGAAAGGGAAAAGGGCACAGAAGGGAGCACAGCAAGGACCCACAAACUCUGGAACGGGCUCGACACCAGCAACCAAUCCGAACCAAACACCGAAGAAAAAGAAGAAGAAGAAGAAAAAUAAAAACAAUUAUCAGAAACCCAAAUGGCAGGAGAAAGUGAGAGCCAAGAUGAUUAAUGAGUCCAAAAAAAGCCAAACCCAUGAAGGUGUAAAGAACUCGUGAUAUGUUUACUUGAACUUUAAGAAUGGCUGUACGAUUUCUAUUAAUAUGUUUGUGUAUUUCUUACUUUUUCAAAGCGAUGAUGACUAUGUAUACAUACAAUUCACAUUUAAAUCAGACAGUGAGGUUUAAGUUUCAUCUUUGUUGGUGUUCAUGUUUAUGUCAGCAGGAAAAGAAUAAAUUAUUGUUUAUAACAGU